AUGACACAACUACAAGUCCAAACCCAAACAUUAUUUUGGACUCUGUUCCGAACUGAAAGUGCGAGCCCACAGGACUCAGACGUCCAUUCGAACUCUGCCUCCGGGCUCAAUCCGCUUCCAUCUCUGUACCGCCAAGGCCUUCCAGCUUCGCUCUUCGGAGCUCCGCACCGACUUCCUCGAGCUCUUUCAUCUCCCAACUCACGGAAAAUGCCUCUCCGGCUCGAUAUCAAGGCUGAAGGAGGAGAUGAGCCCCUUGCUGUUGACUACACUUUUUCUUCGAGCAUUGCAGACCAUCUGAGAGCAGCAUCUCUUGUGUCAGUCAUGCAGUGUCAGGGAGCAUGUAUUCGAGACUUUGCAGCUUGGUAAGCCCUUAGUCAUGGUAGCGAAUGAAGAUCUGAUGAAUAACCAUCAGAGUGAGUUGGCAGAAGAAGUUGCAGACAUGAAUUUGGGUUCCCUGGUUCCGUACCAUCCAGGUGAUGCCACACCAGUUGCCAAGUUUAUCAGCUGGUUUCUUGGUUUUGCACAUGAUUGAUGGAAUUGUAAAUUUCUUUUACUUUUAUGAAGGUAUUAUCGAUCGAGAUGCAUGUUUGAAACGGCAUGUACAAUUUGAAUAAAGAUUUGUAGACAUGGGUUAGGCCAACUUGAGUGCAAAAAGAGAACACAUACGUCCCAACUCGAUUAGGCCUAGACCUGCACUUUCUUUGUUGAUAAAGUAGAUAUAUAAAAACGCAACGAUUUUUACA